UUGCUGUCAAAGUGACAAACAUUUCCAUUUAUUUCACAUUCACAUUUUAAAUCAAAUCGCAUUGUGCUUGCUCCGUCAAUAGUUUUAUUUAAUUUUUGUGUGUUUAAUUAAAGUUAAAAUAUGGAUGAUGAAGCAGAGACUUACAAGCUUUGGCGCAUUCGCAAAACAAUAAUGCAACUUAGUCACGACCGUGGAUAUCUAGUAACACAAGAUGAAUUGGAUCAAACAUUGGAACAGUUUAAAGAAAUGUUUGGCGAUAAACCCAGCGAAAAGCGGCCAGCACGUUCUGACCUUAUAGUUUUAGUGGCGCAUAAUGAUGAUCCAACUGAUCAGAUGUUUGUUUUCUUCCCGGACGAACCGAAAAUUGGCAUAAAAACUAUCAAAACAUAUUGUACAAGAAUGCAAGAAGAGAAUAUACAUCGUGCUAUCGUAGUAGUUCAAGCAGGCAUGACACCAUCGGCCAAACAAUCUCUAGUGGAUAUGGCGCCCAAAUAUAUUCUAGAACAAUUCCUUGAAUCCGAACUUUUAAUCAAUAUUACCGAACAUGAACUGGUACCGGAGCAUGUUGUAAUGACACCCGAAGAAAAACAAGAGCUACUGGCACGUUACAAACUGAAAGAAAACAUGUUAAUGAGAAUUCAAGCGGGAGACCCUGUUGCGCGUUACUUUGGACUUAAACGUGGACAAGUUGUUAAAAUUAUACGUUCAUCGGAAACAGCUGGUCGUUAUAUAUCUUACCGACUUGUAUGCUGAGAUCUAGUUUUGAAUUAAGAUGUAGAAUUAAAAAUAAAUUUGAUAUAAACUAUAUAUAAAAACGA